AUGCCCAACGACAACGACUACAUCCUCACGCUCUCGUGCCCCGACAAGCCGGGCAUCGUCCACGCCGUGACGGCCGUCUUCGCCGCCCACGGGCACAAUGUGCUCGACCUCCAGCAGUUCAGCGACCCCGCGUCGCGGCGCUUCUUCAUGCGCGUGCACUUUGGGCCCAAGGCCGGCGCCGUCACCGCCGAGCACCUCGCGCGGCCGUUUGACGAGCUGGCCGCCGCGUACGAGAUGGCCUACGACAUCCGGCCCGUGGCGCAGAAGAUGAAGGUGCUCAUCAUGGUGUCCAAGAUUGGGCACUGCCUCAACGACUUGCUGUUUCGCAUGAAGACGGGGCAGCUAAAGAUGGAGGUAUAUGUUUUCCAUGCAUCACCAGCUUUCAUCAUAAACAAAAAGAAUAGAGAGGCACGAAGAGAAGAGCACCAACUAACACCCCGCCAGGUCCCCGUCAUCGUCUCCAACCACGCCGACUACGAGCCCCUCGCCGCCUCGUACGGCAUCGAGUUCCACCACCUCCCCGUCACAAAGGACACCAAGGCGCAGCAGGAGGCGCGGGUGCUCGACCUCGUGAGGCGGCACGGCAUCGAGCUCGUCGUGCUCGCGCGCUACAUGCAGGUGCUCUCGCCGACGCUCUGCGAGGCCAUGUCGGGCCGCAUCAUCAACAUCCACCACAGCUUCCUGCCGUCCUUCAAGGGCGCCAAGCCGUACCACCAGGCGUACGAGCGCGGGGUGAAAAUCAUUGGCGCCACGGCGCACUUUGUCACGGCGGACCUGGACGAGGGCCCCAUCAUUGAGCAGCGCGUCGCGCGCGUCGACCACAGCAUGGGGCCGCAGGAGCUGGUGGAGGAGGGGUCCAAUGUCGAGAGCCAGGUGCUGGCUGCGGCUGUGCGGUGGUAUGCGGACCGGAGGGUGUUUCUGAACGGCUCCAAGACGGUGGUGUUUGGGUGA